AUGUUCAUCACCUACAAUGACCUGGACGACAUGCGCGAUGCCCGCAAACGCUCGCAGAUCAACGCUUUCGUCAAUCGCGGUCGCAGAGUCAACAGGGCCAAACCCUCGACGCCUCGAUCAUCACACCCGCCGACAGCAGCACAAUGGCACGCGCGCCAUCCUAUUCGAACUUCUACGCCCGUCACGGUCGACUCGGAAUUGUUGGCCCAGGCCGAGAAUAUCGGGGAUGGUCGAGAUGGUCAAGAAGUUACCGACGACAUCAUCUACGCGUUACUGAGAAGGCGACGUCUUCCCAAGUUGUCCGUUCAAUAUGCCUUGGGUGGCCAUCGCAGGGAUCCAUUUGCGUCCUUUCCCAUACCUCAGUCCGGACAGAUCGAAUGGGCGGCCGAUUUCUUCCUCCAAGACUACGCCGCCAUGAAUGCAUCGCUAUACGCCGAUGACUCGGGCAAAAACUGGCUGACCGGCACGCUCUUCCCCCUGGCGCUGCAAUCCGACAUGCUCUUCGAGGCACUCAUCCUUUCCAUGGCGCGAUAUACCAACCCUGCCGGUCCCAACGCCCUCGUGCCAGGUGGUGUGCACUUUGCACAUCUCCGUUCCAGCGUGCUGGGGAAACUCCAUCGGACGCUUUCCCAGUCCAAAGAGAUCUCGACCUCGGACACCACCAUCCACACCGUGAUAUGUUUGAUAGCUGCCGAUUUCUUCGCCGGUCACGACGACCACGCAUCAACCCACCUCAAAGGCCUCCACACGCUGGUUUCGCUCCGUGGUGGACUGGAGCAUGGCAACUUUGACCGCCAGACGAAAUACAACCUGGCAGGCACCGAAGCAUUGUAUUCAUUUGCGCUGCAACGUAUGCAGGCGGCGUCGGCCGAGGCCGUCAAGCCCGAAUCCGAACUGACCUACCCCAAGCACCCGUUCUCGCCCGAACUGUGCACAGAGAUCGCGACCCUGCCCCACGGACUCAGCGACAUUGCCCUCGAGGGGAGGAUUUCCACGCAGAUCAUCGAACUGCUGUGCCGGCUCGCCCACAUGGCCCAGGAGACCCCUCUAACCAGACGCGCCACGACGGAGGAAAUCUACCACGUGUCGGUCGACCUCAUGACGCUGAUCACGCGGACGACCGUCUCGCCGCUGGAACGGAGCAUCUGCGUCUUCUGCUGGCUGUUCGUGCUGCGGGAGCAGCCGGACCGCAACGAGAGCCAGAAACUCUACGGCCAGUUCCUGGUCAACCUACGGCGGCGGAUCAAGAAGACGGCCGAGUCGUUCAUGGCGCUCGACGGCGCGAAGCCCGACUACGCCAUGUGGGGGGUCGCCAUCCUGGUCGUCGAGAAGAGCACCGAGCGCAUCGGCCUGACCGCCGACGAACAGGCCGAGGUUUUUGAGGAGCUCCUCCGCCGACAUCCCCCGGCCAGGCGCUGGAAGGACACGGUCAAGAGCCUCAAGAGGUUCUUCUUCCUCGACGCGUGGAUCGACGAAUACCGUGCCUGGUGGGACAAGGAGAUUGAGAGGCAUCGAAGACGACCGAGAGAGGAAGGACAGAGCUGA